AUGGUGACCCAUAAGUUCCGGGCCGCUCAACGCGGGGCUCCUCCCUCACGUCUCAGCAUGGAGCAUCUGAGGGAAUCUGCAGUCCAUCCUUUAAAGAUCGCCUCAAAUCUGGUCUCUCCUGGUCACUUCCUAUUCUCUAAAAAACCAUCUGGGCCACCGGCUUCCAAAGUUUCACAGAAAAUGGACAAAUCGCAGCAGCCCAGUUCCUUCCAGCAGCUGGAAAAGCUCGGCGAAGGAACCUAUGCUACCGUCUUCAAGGGGCGCAAUCGCCAGACCGGCGAGAUGGUGGCGCUGAAGGAAAUUCACUUGGACUCGGAGGAAGGAACUCCAUCAACUGCCAUUCGUGAGAUCUCGCUUAUGAAGGAGCUGAAGCAUGAGAGUAUUGUCUCGCUCUACGAUGUCAUCCACACGGAGAACAAGCUCAUGCUUGUGUUUGAGUUCAUGGACAGAGAUUUGAAGAGAUAUAUGGACACUCGUGGUGAUCGCGGGCAGCUGGACCCUGCCACGGUCAAAUCCUUUAUGCACCAGCUACUUAAGGGCAUCGCCUUCUGUCAUGACAACCGAGUCCUCCAUCGCGACCUCAAGCCGCAGAAUCUCCUAAUUAACAAGAAGGGCCAACUCAAACUGGGUGAUUUUGGACUGGCGCGCGCCUUUGGUAUCCCAGUCAAUACCUUCUCCAAUGAAGUUGUCACUCUGUGGUACCGCGCACCAGACGUUCUGCUUGGUAGUCGCACCUACAACACCAGCAUCGACAUCUGGUCCGCUGGCUGCAUCAUGGCAGAGAUGUACACAGGCCGCCCGCUCUUCCCCGGCACAACCAACGAGGAUCAAUUGAUCAAGAUCUUCCGGUUGAUGGGUACACCAUCGGAACGCACAUGGCCCGGCAUCUCACAGCUGCCAGAAUACAAGUCCGACUUCCACAUCUACGCCACGCAAAAUUUGUCGCUGAUCAUUCCCCAAAUGGACAACAUCGGGAUGGAUCUGUUGAACCGGAUGCUGCAACUCCGCCCGGAAAUGCGCAUCAGCGCUAACGAGGCCCUGCAGCACCCAUGGUUCCAUGAUCUGCCUCAGAUUCAGGCCAAAUUGCAGCAACAACACCAGCAGCAGCAGAUGUCUGGUUAUGGAGGCAUUAUUCCCCAGCAACCAGCUUAUUAA